AUGGUCACCACCAGGCGUACAGUCGUGUGUUCAGCCGCUCGGAGCUUUGCAGGCAUCUCGGAGCUGCUAUGGAUGGUCGGAGAGUUGCUGGUCGGAGAUCAAUCCUCGCUGGCCAAGCUAUGUCUUGUGAGCCGCGGCUUCUAUCAAGUCUUCUGGUCGCUACUUUACCGCGUUGUGCUGUUACGGGAAAGGCCCUCACGAUUUGCGACUGACGGCGACUCGGCCUCUGCCCUAGCCAUGUUCAAAAGGUUUGCCAACACCAAAGAACUCCACAUACAAUUCUCACGGAAACGAUUGGGCCGUUCUACUCGUAUGCCAGUCUUUCAUGACUUUGUUGCUAGCCUUCUGCAGCACAUGAACAACGUAGAGGUCAUCAGGCAAGUAGCACACGUCAGGCUCGGUGCAUGGCUAACACGUUCCAGGCUCCACGGAGUAACCAUAGCACACUCCUGCAUCAAUCAUUUGGCCUCUAACCUCAAUCUUAAAGAUCUACAUGUGGAUUUUUUUGAUUCACAUCUACGGCAGAAACCCCCCCAUCUUCCUCAAUUCAUGCCCUACAGACUCGAGACUUUGAAUCCUACGAGCCCUUUCAAUAGUCUACGGACACUAAGCUUUGAGGGCCUUGAUUAUCAUGGAGCCGCUUUAAUAAGUCGUUAUCUUGCGUCAGUUUUCGCUCAAACUCCGAAUUUAGAGCAUCUGAGGCUCUCGGUCCUCACUCGGCGCUGCACCGACUUGCUGAUGAAUAUUUGCAAUGAGUAUCGGACUCUUGGUGGCGGCCCUCUGCGACUCAAGAGUUUUUUUCUGGGCAGGUUCAUGCACAUGAUAGCAGAGGACAUGUUCAGCUGUCUCGUUGAUGCCUCAAUUCUCGAAAGAGCACAAAUCGGGGCAGACUGUGAGUGCGGCAACCGCGCGGCGGCGGCGUCAUUGAGCUUGUUCACGCCGACCAAGACGCCAAAAAUGCAGCAACUGGAAAUACAUGAAGUGGAUCGAGCAAGUUGGAGUCAUGUUGUACGGGCCGUAGCAGGCAUGAAGGCUUUGAAAGUUCGAAGGCUGAACGGCUUCGCAAUCUCACUUUCCGACAUAGCCCACUCCGCCAAACUGACCGUGGAGGCUACCGUCUGCGGCCCAGAGAGCAACGGCGCCUGGUGUUGCUGCCUGCCUGGCGUUUGCGAAGCGCUGCCAAACCUCCCAAAUCUUACGGCUUUCCAUUUUGCUCCGCCUGGCGGCGCGCGAUGGUCAAACUGCCACGGCAAGAAGGAGACGCGCAAUGCCGCGGUCGCGUUGAUGGAAUCCUGCACCAAACUGGAAUAUAUCGAGCUGUAUGGGAUAGCGUACGAAGCUAGGUGGCGGGAAGCGGACUCAGAGUCUCCAGAGAAUACUUGGAUGCUCUUGAGUGAAGCUGAGAAGCAGAUUCGACAGCCAAAUUCCUGGCAAGGUCUGCGUCGGGUUGUGCGACUGUUUGGGAGUGGUGAGAUGCGUUUGGUUCUGGCUGGUCGUGGCCUUGUCAAGGGAACCCUGAGAGGCCAGCGAGAAGGGUACCUCCAUGGUACCUUACAAACCGGUGCUCCAUGA